AUGCGUUUUCCCAGCUCAAUCGUCCUAGCACUCGCUACCUUGACCGCGGCUCACCCAGGUGAAGAUCAUCACGAUGAGCUUCAACAGCGUCGCUCAUUCGAAAUCACUGCUGAGCGACUGUCUCUGCGUCACUGUGCUGAGAAGCUCAAGGCUCGAGGUGUGACUGACCGCAACAUCAAGCGCCGAUCCGCUUUGAUCCAAGAGCACCGCCAAAAGCGUGGUAUCAAGAAGCGCGAUCUCGAGGACGUGCUCAACACGGACCACAAUAAGACUGACCUGGGUUAUACGCCCAACACACCUGCCGAGACUCUGUUUGCUGGACAGAACUCGUGUGUUUUGACUCCCGAGGUUACUAUCGGACCCUACUACGUCAGUGGUGAGAGCAUUCGUCGCAACCUCAAGGAGGACCAGGAGGGUGUUGAUCUCAUCCUCGACUACCAAAUCAUCAACGUUGAGACCUGUGAGCCUGUACCCGAACUGUAUCUCGAUAUCUGGCACUGCAACUCCACUGGUGUCUAUGGCGGUGUGAACAACCAGGGCAAUGGAAACAUCGACGACAAGACCAACAUCAACAGCACCUUUGGCCGCGGUAUCCAGCAAACCGACGAAGAUGGUGUUGCGCAGUUCGAGACACUCUUCCCAGGCCACUACACCGGCCGCACUACCCACAUUCACCUUCUCGCUCAUGCCAACGCUACUCUGUUCGAGAACAAGACCCUUGGAAACGAUAUCUACAGCAGCCAUAUCGGCCAGACCUACUUCGACCAGGACUUGAUUCACGAGGUUGAGAGUCUUGCUCCAUACAACACCAACACUCAAGAGCUGAUGACCAACGCUCGCGACUAUAUUCUUGCUGAGGCUGCCAACCAGGACUACGACCCUGUUGUUGAGUGGACUCUUCUUGGUGACACCGUUGCGGAGGGUAUCUUUGGCUGGUUGGCUUAUGGUGUCAACAUCACUGAAACCAACAAGGUCACCCCUGCUGUUUUCCGAUAUGAGGAUGGUGGACACACCAACCCUGACUUUGGAAUGGGAGGUGGUCCUGGCGGUCCCCCUCGUUCAGCAGAGGAUGCUGAGGAGAACGCUGCUUAA